GAGCUUUCUAUGGCUCUCGGCACCGAAGGAGGGCGAGCCCAGUGUUGUACAGCGCCAGCGUGGAGCGACAGGGGACGUCAUGGCACCUAUUGGAGGGACCCCGAAAACCAAGAAGGGUAUUCUAGAGCGUCUAGAUGCUGGAGAAAUUGUAAUUGGUGAUGGAGGAUUUGUCAUUGCUCUUGAAAAGAGGGGUUAUGUAAAGGCCGGACCUUGGACUCCAGAAGCUGCUGUAGAGCACCCAGAAGCAGUUCGUCAGCUGCAUCGAGAAUUCCUCCGGGCUGGAUCAAAUGUUUUACAGACAUUCACCUUUUAUGCCAGUGAGGACAAAUUAGAAAACAGAGGAAACUAUGUGGCUGAGAAAAUAUCUGGCCACAAAGUAAAUGAAGCCGCUUGUAAAAUUGCAAAAGAAGUAGCCCAAGAAGGAGAUGCUUUGGUGGCUGGAGGCAUCAGUCAGACACCUUCAUAUUUAAGUGGCAAGAAAAAAGCUGAAGUUAAAGCAGUCUUUCAAAAGCAGCUAGAAAUUUUUAUCAAAAACAGUGUGGACUUCUUAAUUGCAGAGUAUUUUGAACAUGUUGAAGAAGCUGUGUGGGCAGUUGAAACCUUAAAGGAAUCUGGGUUGCCAGUUGCAGUUACUCUUUGCAUUGGCCCAGAAGGAGACAUGCAUGGUGUGCCACCUGGAGAAUGUGCCGUUCAACUUGUCAAAGCUGGUGCAUCUAUUGUUGGAGUAAAUUGCCAUUUUGAUCCAGCUACUUGUCUUAAAACUGUGAAACUGAUGAAGGAAGGUUUGACAGCUGCUAAUCUAAAAGCACAUCUGAUGUCACAACCACUUGCAUUUCAUACUCCUGACUGUGGGAAACAGGGUUUCAUUGAUUUACCAGAAUUUCCUUUUGCUUUGGAACCAAGAAUUGUAAGCAGAUGGGAUGUUCACAAAUAUGCAAGAGAGGCCUACAACCUGGGGAUCCGAUACAUUGGAGGGUGCUGCGGAUUUGAACCAUAUCAUAUCAGAGCAAUUGCUGAGGAGCUGGCCCCUGAAAGAGGGUUUUUGCCACUUGCUUCUGAAAAGCAUGGCAGCUGGGGGAAUGAAUUGAGCAUGCAUACCAAGCCAUGGGUGAGAGCAAGGGCUAGGAAAGAGUACUGGGAGAAUCUGUUGCCUGCUUCAGGUCGUCCAUAUUGUCCCUCAUUAUCAAAGCCAGAUAACUGGGGAGUGACCAAAGGAGAUGCUGAGCUGAUGCAGCAGAAAGAAGCAACAACUGAUGAACAGCUGAAAAUGCUCUUCGAGAAACAGAAAUUGAAAUCCAAAAGUGUGGCCUGAAUUAUUAACAAUUUUGUUUAUGCUAAAAUAAUUGCAUUAAGCUAGACUGAAAAAAAUUCCUACAGCUCCCCACAUUCCCCAACCAGCAUGAUGGACUGGGGAAUGCUAGGACUUAUUUUUCUGUCAAAAUAUGCAUAACAUUGUGCCCUUAAUGCAUAAUUGAUGAAGUGGGAAGAUGAUUGAGGCAGAAAUUGUUAUUUUACAAGUUUGAAGUAUAAUAAACUUCAACAAUGUAAUAAUUAUUAAUGAAAGGAAAACUAUA